CUGCGAGGAGCAGCUGAGCGGCAUAGAGGGAGGGAGUCAGAGAGCGCGAGAGAGAGAGAGAGGGAGCGAAAACGAGCGCGCGCAGGAGAGUGAGAGAGAGAGAGAGAGCGAGCGAGAGAGAGAGCACGAGAGAGAGAGAGACAGAGCGGACUGUAUAAGGAAAACAGUUUCUACCGCUCUGCAGCUUCUGACAAGACGCCACCAAUAACAGGAUGUUAAUGCUGGACGGAAUGCCUGCAGUCAGAGUCAAAGCAGAACCUCUGGAAUCUGAACAAGGGUCUCCUAAAGUGCGCAGCUACCCUGAUAUGGAGGCGGUUCCCCUCCUGCUGAGUAAAGUGAAGUCUGAGCCUCCCGAAGACCUGCUCUCCUCCGACCACUUCCAGACCCAGACGGAGCCCGUGGACCUGUCCAUCAACAAGCCCCGCCCGUCCCCGCCCUCCGCCACAGCCUCGCCGAUCGCCUCGGCCUUCUCGCCGUCCUCCUCCUCGUCGUCCUCGUGCUCGUCGUCGUCGUCGCCGUCCGUCAUCACCUCCAUCGGCGGCGGCGGCAUGCCCUCGGUGCUCACGCCCGGUCCCCUGGUGGCGUCGCCUCCGUCGGGCGGCGGCGGCGGCGUUGGCGGCGGAGGGGGCCUGAGGGGGCAGCAGUUUUUGCACAUCAUCCACCCGGUGCCCCCGCCGGCCUCCAGCCCCGGCAAGAUGCCGCACGGGCACGGGCACGGCCACGGACACGGACACGGGCACAGCCACGUGCACCGCAUCCCCGUGGUGGUCCAGUCGGUGCCGCUCAUGUACACGACCGUGCGCUCGCCCGCCAGCCUCAACUCCACCAUCAUGCUGCCGCUGCUGGACGACAGCAAGAGCCACAUCAAAGCACACACAGACCCCAACGGCCUGUCGCCAAGACAUAUCAAGAGUGACAGCGAUGACGACGACCUGCCAAACGUGACCUUGGACAGUGUUAACGAGACCGGAUCCACGGCACUUUCUAUAGCGCGGGCCGUGCAGGACUCCAUGUCACCGUUUAGUAUUGAGAGCAUCCGGCGUCCACAUCGAUCCGAGUCCCCCGACUCCAAGAAGAGGCGCAUCCACAGGUGUGACUUUGACGGCUGCAAUAAGGUGUACACCAAGAGCUCACAUCUGAAAGCACACCGAAGGACACACACAGGUGAGAAGCCAUAUAAGUGCACGUGGGACGGCUGCACGUGGAAGUUUGCGCGCUCGGACGAGCUGACGCGGCACUACCGGAAGCACACGGGCGUCAAGCCCUUCAAGUGCGCCGACUGCGACCGCUGCUUCUCCCGCUCCGACCACCUGGCCCUGCACCGGCGCCGACACAUGCUGGUCUGACCGGUGCUGCCCCGCGGGUGGUCCACUUUACCCCCCCACACACACAUACACACACACACACACACACACACACACACACUCAACAGCACCCCUUAAUUGCCGCCUCCCACAUAUGAACACACACACACACACACAGACAGAUGAACAUUCACACAUGAGGCACUUUGUAUGAGAGCUGGAUCUCUCCCUUGAGAGGCUCAGCUGGGCUGAGUUUCACUGAUGCCUCUGUGGUUUAUUUGGUCUGCGCUCACACUGGAGUGAGAUGGACAGAGGACGCCCCCUCUCUUACCCACACACACACACACACACACACACACACUCACACACGCGCACACACACACACACACACACACACACACACACACACACCCUCACACACACACAGACACACACACACACACACACACACACACACACACACACACACAACUCUCGUGAAGCAGAGACACAGCAAGCCAGCUCAGGUGAAAGGUCACCUUGUGCUUGGAGUUCCAGGAAAAAAAAAACAAUUUUAAAAGGAAGAAAAAAAACAAUAGUUCACCCUCUCCAGCACUGCUCGGAAAUAUUUGGUGUUUGUUUCUUGAAGGUAGCCGAGGACGUCAUUUGGGCAAACAGAUUUCUACAAAUUUCUAUUCUUCAGUUGAUUUUGGUCUUGUUUUAUUUUUCCUUCUCUUGGCAUCUUUUGUGUUGUUCCUGUUCAAGUGGCUGCUUCUCUGCGUCAUCAUAAUGUGAAGAACUCUGCGGAAUAGGAAAGACUUGUGUGUCACACUUUAUUGUUAUUAUUAUUAUUAUUAUUUGUUUUAUUUUUUUCAAAAACAAACUAAAAAAAAAAAAAACUGGGCCACAAUUCAGACCAGAUCCGGGCCCAAUCUGGGCCACAUGAACAGACACCACGGAGCGGACAUGGACGGGCUCCUCCAGAAACAGUAUUGUUGCACAAUUCCCCAUCUCCAUCAGACCCACCCCACCCCACCCCCACUCCACCCCACCCUUCCCUCUCCCUGAGCCUCCUCCGUGUCUCUAGGCCUCACUGGGAGGCUGCCACUGGUCGCCGAUGGGCACAGGGUGGUUCCCAUGGAGACAAGCAAGGCAUCGUUAUGGAAACACGUGGAAAAAGGCACCGGCCACUGCUCCGCUUCAGCGGGCGAGGACACGAGGAGGUGAGGAGGAGAAGAGACACACACACACACCACGCACAGAAGGUCAGCAAAACAAACCAGCGAAUGAGAUUAUUAUGUGUAUCUACAAAAGACACAGGGCAGACAUUUACCCUCAUUACAGUUCCAUGGCAAUACAUUCUGUUCUUUAGGACUAUUAUGGGUUGGAUUUUUCUUUGUAGCACACACACACAAGCUAACUGAUGACAGAUGCUGUAUUGGGAUUCACGAGACUACCAAUUCAGAAGCUUUCAACAGAGGCUACUUACUUAGCACAUUUUUUUUUGUGUCAGAAGGAAAAAAAAACACAAGACAUGUUAAUGGUGCAUUUUGUGCUGUGAUUAGCGAUCCGUAAAGUGCAAUCUCUUCAAAAGUAAAUAUGGUUUCACUUUUUAGGAACGUUUUUGUUGUUUUAUGUUUGCUGUUAUCUUACUAUAUCUUGCUUGCUUUAAUAUACCAUCAAUGAAUACACACAUACAAACAGUCAAGACAUGCUAUUUUCUCUUAUGUAUACCAACAACACCCCUUAGUUAAAGCAACUUACUGGUCAGGUCAGCCAUCGGUAUUAAAUUAUACCAACUUUUAUUUGGUCUGAAUAAACACGAUGAAAAUUAUGGAUUAGAGUCAGUCAUACAUACUAUAGUGCCCAUAUAUCAGUUUCAAUCAGAUGAUGAGCAAUACUAAGCCCUUACCAGAGCAAUUUCCAUCCAGUGUAUGUGCCAGUAGGCUAACUCUAGGCUCUUGUGGUCAUAGAAAGUGGGAGAUGAAUAUGUCAGUGUUUGAAGUACAAUUUUCUAUUCAACUUUCUAAACACACUUUUGUGUCUGCCUCUCAUACACAUCUGUUUGUGACAGAUUUACUGUCGUGUUGGUUCUGGCCAAGAAAAAUGUUUUAUGAGGUUGCCCCCUGUUGGUAUGAUAGAUGUACUGCAUCUGAAUGAGACAAGGUGGAACAUUUCAGGUGUUUCAGUUUAAAUGAAAACAGGCUGGCUUGGCUCAUCCAUAGUAUUUGUUGUGAGAUGUAGGUCCACACCUGUUCAUUUACACACGAGUACACAUCUGACUCUAGUUUAUUAUCUAAUGGUGGAAGUGGAACAUUAUUGUAAGGGAUUCUUGAUUUUGCUUCUAGAUUCUUCUUUGGUUCAGUCCUGCUUCAGCAUACAGUACAUGCCCUCCAGUGGCAGCUGUUCUAGUAGGGAUCACUCCUUCACCAUGUUUGGUGCUGUGUUGAACAAGACAGAGCAUUGAGUGGGGAACAAAAUCAGUACACCAAACAAGUAGAAAAAAUUCAGCACAUUGAGCUAAUGUGUGUUUGGGCUACUGGACAGAGUAGCAACAUGUGAUGCUGUUUUCUGUGGUUCUGCUAGCUCUCUUACUGUGAACAUUUUCUCUGUUCCUGAGCAGUAAGCAAGCACACAAUCACACGGCACUGACAGUAUACCACUAUGUCAGAGUCCCUGUGUGGAAGGAAAGAAGCGAAUGCCUUUUUGAGCCAUAUCAAUAACGCUGAGUUGUCAUCUAAAUAACUGUUGUCUGACGUGGGUGUUGGUGUUGCUGUCCAAGUAACCACACACUACAGUGUCAAUGUGAAGAUAAUAUCCUAAAAGCAAUACAGUAAACUUGAACAAAAACGUGUAAUCUUGCUUUUAUGAUCUACUCUUAUCUAAUAUGCUCUAUACAUACAACAGUCUGGUCAAACUAUUGAAUAAUUUCUGAAUCACAGCACGUAGGGACGUCUUUUUUACCAACCCCAUUCUCACUCAUGUCAUAUUGUGAGAGUCAACUAAAGGGUGUAUGCGUCAGAAACAGAUCACUGUGCACAGUAACCAGAGACACCAUCUCUCACAUACAGUAUACUGCGUCCAGCAUACACAUAACUGGUACUGGUAGUGCGGGGGCGGUAUUUAAAGUGGCUGAUGCGUGCUUAGCACCUGCCAGCAGAUAUUCUGAAGAGUCCCUCAAAUCCUCUGGUUCACACGCACUUUUGGAAAGGCCAGUAGGAGAAGAAGAAGUAGAGAAGCCCGCAGGGUAUAUUGAAAGCACCUUGGAGAACAGCAGCGUAGGCUGUUAGUCAUCAAACCUCAGAUAAUGUCAUUCGAGGAUACACCAGUAUGCAAAUUUUGCUUCCCUGCAUUUUUGUUCAAUUGGAUCAGCCAAUGAGUUCCUGGUGGGCCCUCCAGUGUUGUGGUUUCACAAGGUAGUGUUACAUAAGCAGACUUUCCUGGAUUGAGCUAAUGCGGAAAGUGGAUGACAUCAAAGAUAACAUACGACCAAGCGGUUUCUCACUCUUAGUGUUCUGAAGUAUUAUCUAUUUCAUGUUAUGUUGUUAUAUAUCUACUUGUGUACACGUGAGUAUCAGUUGUAUUGCCCAGCGGGUCAGCAUAUCAUCAGCACCUUGUUUUUUAUAAACUAUGAUUUCGGGGGAAAAAAAGGAUUUCAGUUAUGGGGGGGGGGGGGGGGGGG